GACAUCGGAGCCACAGCUAUAGCUCAAGCACAGAAAAACAGUCACAAAACCCCACCCAUGCACAUGGAGGCUUGUGCGGGCCAAGCUAGCAGCGCGCACAUCGUCCUGGUGCACGGCGCAUGCCUCGGCGGCUGGUCCUGGUUCAAGGUGGCGACGCGGCUCAGGUCGGCCGGGCACCGCGUCAGCACGCCUGACCUCGCGGCGUCCGGCGUCGACCCCAGGCCGCUGCGCGAGGUGCCGACGUUCCGCGACUACACCAAGCCGCUGCUGGACCUCCUGGAGUCCCUCCCGCCGGGCGAGAAGGUGGUCCUCGUCGGCCACAGCCUCGGCGGCGUGAACAUGGCCCUCGCCUGCGAGCUGUUCCCGGAGAAGAUCGCCGCUGCGGUGUUCGUCGCCGCCUUCAUGCCGGACCACAGGUCGCCGCCGUCGUACGUGCUUGAAAAGUUCGUGGAGGGGAGAACGCUGGACUGGAUGGACACGGAGUUUAAGCCUCAAGAUCCCGAGGGCAAGCUGCCCACUUCCAUGCUGUUCGGGCCGCUGGUCACUCGUGCAAAGUUCUUCCAGCUGUGCUCGCCGGAGGACCUGACGCUGGGACGAUCCCUGAUGAGGGUCAGCUCCAUGUUCGUGGACGACCUGAGACUGCAGCCGCCGCACACCGAGGCCCGCUACGGGUCGGUGCGCAAGGCGUACAUCGUCUUCAAGGACGACCACGCCAUUGUCGAGGCGUUCCAGCGGUGGAUGGUGCACAACUACCCCGUGGAUGAGGUGAUGGAAAUCGACGGCGCGGACCACAUGGCGUUGCUCUCGACGCCGACCGAGCUGGCGCGCUGCCUCGCUCACAUCGCUGUCAAGUAUGCUGCCUGAAGUAUGAUACCGUCUCGUUGCCGGCAUUUGUGAUUGGAUUUGUGACAUCUCUAUUGUUGCUGUUACCGUUCAGUAUGUUUCAGAGACUUCUACUGCACCCUAUAUUAGAGACGGAUGAUGCAUGUAACUUGUGGCUAUUUAAUAAUUGAAGUUAAAUGUUGGUGCGCA